GAGUGUAAUUCAGUUCGUCUUUUAUUAACGGCGAAUUAAAAUGUUAUUUUCCCCAUGGGGCGACGAAUAAAUUGCUACGUAACGAGAUAGGCGGAAACUUGAAAUUUUAUAGUAUAACAAGAUAGGAGGAAACGAGUGGCACGAAUAACGUUGCACGAAACACCGUGAAGCGGAUGGAAUGACAUGGAUCGCGCGAGGAACGCGUAAAGAGGAACGUGUAACAUUAAAAACAUUACUCGAAAUUUACUCUAUGUCGAAACGAAUGCGUGAAGAUUUUUUCACUCGGUUUUCACUGAUUUCCGUUCCAACGAUCGUUCGACAAGAAUUGAUCGAUGUUGCUCGGUUUAUGGAUGGAUUCGAAAACCACCCACCAUCAACGACACACGAUGCUCCCAAGCAUAGUUCGAAUACUAAUCCGAGUGACCAAGAUGGCUCAACUUUCGUAAUAGGAAGGGAAUCGAUGGUCCCCACAGAUGGCGUUGAUCCGUCAGUUGACGUUCGAGACGUCGACUCGGAAACAGAGGAAUCGUCAGUGGCACGCGGCGAGACGAAGAUCGGUGCUACGACUAGAUUCGUCGAGUUGUUGGCCACUAUAGGCUCGUUCCUGCUAGUGCUCGUUACGUUGCCCUUCUCGCUCUGCUUCACCUUCAAAGUCGUGCAAGAGUACGAGAGGGCCGUCGUGUUCAGAAUGGGACGGCUGAAAGGCGCCGCUUAUGGACCAGGCACGUUUUUCGUGAUGCCAUGCGUGGACAACUGCGUGCGCGUCGAUCUGAGGACGGUUUCGUUCGACGUGCCUCCCCAAGAAGUUCUCACCAAGGAUUCCGUGACGGUGAGCGUGGACGCGGUCGUCUAUUAUCGCAUAAAGGAACCGUUGAACGCCGUCAUCAAGAUAGCCAAUUACAGCCACUCGACUCGGCUUCUGGCUGCCAGCACGUUGCGAACGGUGCUUGGGACGAGAAACUUGGCCGAAAUUCUCUCGGAACGUGAAACCAUUUCCCACACCAUGCAAACCUCUCUCGACGAAGCCACGGAGCCUUGGGGUGUCAAGGUCGAACGCGUUGAAAUAAAGGACGUUCGGCUUCCGGUGCAGCUGCAACGAGCCAUGGCCACGGAGGCAGAAGCCGCAAGGGAGGCUCGGGCCNAAGUGAUCGCGGCGGAAGGGGAGAUGCUGGCUUCCCGUGCCUUGAAAGAGGCCAGUGAUGUCAUUUCCACGAGUCCAGCCGCUCUUCAGCUAAGGUAUCUGCAAACGCUGAGCAACAUAUCCGCGGAGAAAAACUCGACCAUCAUCUUUCCGUUGCCGGUCGAAUUCUUGACACCGUUCUUCAACCGUGGCUCGUCGAGUCAGAUCGAGGGCCAGGGGAAUGGAAUUGGAACGGAAUCAGGGGAGCAGGGAUGCGCGGGCCGACUCACGACUCGGCCUCACGUUCACUCGAAUGGAAACAUGCCGGCUAAGUGAAGAUAGGUAGGUAACGUUUCGAGUUUGAUCGUCUCUAGGCCGGAAUU